AGGUUUCAAUUAGGGUUUUAGCUUUCUCUAUUUCCUUUCAUACAAUGGCAGAAGAGAAAGCAACAGAACCCACUCAGCCCACCGAGGAGCGAGUCGGCACUGCAACAGCCGCCGACAUGGAUGUCGCUGCUGAAGAAUCCGCCGCCGACAUGGAUGUCUCUGUCGAAGAUUCAGCCGUUAACGGCUCCAAACGAGAGAGGGAAGAAAAUAAGGAAGAAAACGAAGACUUAUCAAAGAAGCAGAAGGUUGAUAAGUCUGUAGAAGAAGAAAGAUUGGAGACGCUUGAAGGAGAAGAAAAUGAACAAGAGAAGGAAUCGGGUCCGGUUAGUUUGGGUCCGAAGACAUUCGGGUCUGCAGUGGAAAUGUUUGAUUAUUUCUUUAGUUUAAUUCACACUUGGCCUGCCAAUCUCAAUCUCAACAAGUAUGAGCACUUGGUGCUGCUGGACUUGCUAAAGAAGGGCCAUUCUGAUCCUGAGAAAAAGAUUGGCCUUGGAAUCCAAGCUUUCCAAGUCCGUUUCCAUCCAACGUGGAAGAGUCGAUGCUUCUUCCUUGUCAGGAAUGACGACACUACAGAUGAUUUUAGCUUUAGGAAGUGUGUGGAUCAAAUACUUCCCCUGCCUGAAGAUAUGAAAAUAAAGUAUGAUGGAAAUGGCAAGGGUCAUCAUGGAGGACAAGGCGGUGGUGGUGGCGGUAGAGGUGGCAGGGGUGGUAGGGGCCGAGGGCGAGGGCGUGGCUAUGGAAGAGGCGGUAAACCAAGGAACUGAACUGUUUGUCGAUUCACUUGAUAAAAGGCAUGUAGAAGGAAAAUGAAGUAUCACUUGUUUUUCUUCCUAGUUUACCUUACAUAGUUAAGGUGAAAUUUUUGUUGUGAUUCUGAAUAGUGUUGGUUAUCCCCAUCUAUGCUUGUUUGAGUUUAUGCAAUUUCCAUACAAGUUUCUUGCAA